UACCAAACACCCAAAUCAGUAAUCACUUGGAUUCAUCCUCUUUGCUCUCCAAUGCCAGGAUCCAUUCAAGUUUCAGUUCUGGAUUUCAAGGAGCUUCCAUCUUCGUCGAAUUUCGUCAAGGUUUCAUUGGGGAAAGUUGAGCAUGAAGCUGGGGAAAAGGGGACUUUCUCUUUCCCAUUGACGAAUCUGCGCGAUAAUUUGAUCAUCACGAUUCUGGAUUUGGAGGGAAAUCAAGUAUCGCGUUCAGGUGUUCGAACGAUUUCGAUAAUUGAAAAGGGGAUAUGGGAUGAUUUAUUCCCCAUAGAAGGAGGUGGGGUUAUACAUAUGAAGUUGCAGUUCAUUCUCAGUGACGAGGAGCGCAACAGGAUUCGUUCAAUGAGAGAAUAUGCUAUGAAGAAGAAGCAAGAUGAGAUUCUCAAUAGUAGGCUAAGAAAUGCAGAAAGUGCCAAAUCUCUUGCAUCAUCGAUGAGCAGACAUGAGGUCUCAGAUGUUUUGAGGAUUACAUCUUCUCAAGAUUUCCAAAGAAGCAGUUCCAAUGGUGAUGCUGCGAAAGCUGGUUUCUUGACCCCUCUUGAUGACACAUUCAAGAAAGCUUCAGAAGCUAAUGAUGGGAUAAAAGAAGAAUCUUUUCAGAGGCAAUCGUUCACAAAUGCUACAGAUAGAAUGGAAGAAGCUUCAUUCUCUCUUGUGACAGAAGGGAUGCAUCAAAAAAUAUUGUUAGAGGAUGCCGAGAGUCUUGCUUCACAAACAGAUUUGGCAAAGAAGAACGAAACCGUAAUACCAAGUAGUAUGAUUGAGAAGUUAGAGGAGCAGAAUCUUGAAGAGAAAAUCCCUAGCUAUAUUAAUAAAAAAGCCAAAGAGAGGGCGCCUACUCCUUUAUUGCAAGAACCUGAAGUAAAUUCAGAUAAGAACAACGAGAUUCAUGCAGCCAAAUCAAAACCGUCGGAUAAUGUGGCCGAGAAGUUAGAUAAACGGAAUCUUGAAGAAACGAGCGUCAUCUAUGUAAAGAAAACAAGCAAAGAGAGCAAACCUCCUCAUUCAUCACAAGAAACCAAAGUGAAUACAAUCAAGAACGAUGAGAUUCAAUUACAACAAACCGAUGCACCCAAAAGAUUGCUAGAUGGAUCUUCUCCUGAUGUGCGUUUGUCAAGCUCGGUUAUUGCGGAAAAGAUAAAAUCAUUUUCCCCUAAGCUAGCAGGCGAAGAACCAGAUAAGCAGGGCACACCAGAGAAAACUCCACGUAAUAUAAAGAAGAUGAUUAGCGUCUUUGAAAGUAGUAUAUCUCAGGAUAGAGUUCCUCUUAAGCCUGUGGGUACAAAAGCAUAUCGAGUUGGAACUGUACGUUUAUUGAAGGAUCAUGCGGUUAAUACCUCAGAAAUGUCGAGUUCAACUAGGCUCAGAAACUCCUUUAGUACAGGUGAUUUGCGGAGAAACCUUUCUGGUAUCACAACAAAAGGAGAGCAAGCUGGUUUCAACGAAAAUAUGGUAGAACCAACUGAAACAAAUAUGCAAUCGAAAGGAAUGAUUGGAAGUGAAGGGGAUACGCUUAUUUCAGACGAUCCAAAGGAGACACAAGAAUCAUCUGAAAAAGGUGUAAAUAAUGAAAAGAAGGUUGCUUUCAGAGAAACUAGCACAAAGAAGAUGGAAGAAUCUUCUGAAAAAGGCGUAAGUAAUGAAGAGAAGGUUACGUUCACAGAAACCAACACAAAGGAGAUACGGAGAUCACCUAAAGAAGGCGUAAAUAAUGAAGAGAAGUCUGCUCUAACAGAAACUAACACGAUUGAGAUACUGAAAUCCCGUCAAGAAGAUGCGACAGUUUCAGGAAGAAUGCAUGAAGAUGAUAAACAAGCGGAAACUCUUUCAAAUAAGGUUAAAGAUGGUACUAUUGACGGUAAAAAGACUUCAAAAGACAAUCUUGACUAUAUUUACCAUGAUGGUUCUGGUCCAUGGAUAUUCCCAGAUGAAGAAAGACAUUUUUGUAUGACAGCCGAGAAAGCUCAUCAAGAAAACACUAUUGCUUCUAUACCAGAUAGCAUUGGGCAAAUUGAAGUGCAUCGUGGAAGUGACGGUAUUGUGAAACAGGAUGAAGCGAUGGCUCGAAUUUCAGGGAACUCGAGUCCGAAGAGCUCAGAUGAAGAGGAUUCUACCGGAUCACUUGGACAGGCGAUAAAAAUAGCACUCGUGAUCGGAUUUGGAGUGCUUGUUCUUCUUUUUCGACAAAGGGAACCGGGAAACGGCAAGAAAAAAGGAAAUAAUCUUGCCGUAAAGAAUCAAGUUUUCAUGAACAAACGAGGAUCAAUUGGCGAACGUUCGAGGAAGACUGGUGUUCUGAGGCUCUCGUAGCUCGGAUUUUUUUGGGUACAUUGCAAUAAAACAUCGUGUUAGAUUCGGAAUCUUUGUCGGGUUUCUUCAGAAAACGCAACAAGAAGGGUCUUCAUUGGUGUUCAUAGCGUCUUUAAAUUUAUGCGUAUUGAAUCUUUUGUUUUCAUGUUUAUAUGAAAUAUGAUACUACUGUCGUUUUGCC